UUGUUGGCGGAAAGUCUCUACUCUCGAAACUGAAUUGGCAAGCGGCUGGCCGUUUGCACUAACCCUAUAAUCCCGCCUGCUGCAACGGCAGCCCUCCCGCAAGUCGCAGCCAUGUCCUACUUCUUUGCGACCCCGGUCGACAUCGACAUUGUGCUCGAAGAUGCCGACGAGAGGUCUAUGGUCGACGUCAAGCUGGACAAGAACCGCCGCGAGAAGGCGCCACUAUACAUGGAUGGCGAGUCAGUCAAGGGCGCCGUGACGAUACGGCCCAAGGACGGCAAACGGCUCGAGCACACGGGCAUUAAGGUGCAAUUCAUCGGCACCAUAGAGAUGUUCUUCGACCGGGGCAACCACUACGAGUUCCUGUCGCUGGUCCAGGAGCUGGCCGCGCCAGGCGAGCUGCAGCACCCGCAGACCUUCGACUUCAACUUCAAGAACGUCGAGAAGCAGUACGAGUCGUACAACGGCAUCAACGUCAAGCUGCGCUACUUUGUGCGCGUCACCGUGUCACGCCGCAUGGCCGACGUGAUCCGCGAGAAGGACAUAUGGGUUUACAGCUACCGCAUGCCGCCCGAGAUGAACAACAGCAUCAAGAUGGACGUGGGCAUCGAGGACUGCCUGCACAUAGAGUUCGAGUAUAGCAAGAGCAAGUACCACCUCAAGGACGUCAUCGUCGGCCGCAUCUACUUCCUGCUCGUGCGCCUCAAGAUCAAACACAUGGAGCUGAGCAUCAUCCGGCGCGAGACGACGGGCGCCGCCCCAAAUCAGUACAAUGAGAGCGAGACUUUGGUGCGCUUUGAGAUCAUGGACGGCUCACCGUCAAGGGGAGAGACAAUUCCUAUCCGGCUUUUUCUAGGCGGAUUCGACCUAACCCCGACCUUCCGAGAUGUGAACAAGAAGUUCUCAACCAGAUAUUACCUCAGUCUUGUAUUGAUUGAUGAAGACGCCAGGAGAUACUUUAAACAGUCAGAGAUCAUCCUCUACCGGCAAGCACCCGAAUUAGCCAACGGGGGGCAAGAAGCAUUACCAGCACUCCCUGAAAGUAACAAAGCUGCCGCCAUACCAGCGUGACUUUCCCCCACGGGAUAAUGUGUGGGUUUCAGGGGUUGGCGGGUUAAUGGAGCUCGGCAACGAGUCGAUUUGCGUGUACGAGACCUCGGUGUCCCCAGUGAUUAUUAGCAUAGGCAAGGCGUUGGUUCAGGCCUCCUAAGAGAGAGUUUUCUUUGGCUGUUUACUUGAUUCGUCGUCUAGGCUGUCGUUUGCAUUGGUGAUGCCAUCCCAACCGACUAAGCAACAAACCUAACAAAAGCCCGUCAUCAACUGGCUCGAGGAGCUGGGAGAUCAUAAACCCUUGUUUUCUUCCCUGCUUGGCUGAGCAUGUACAAUUACAAUCAUCGAAAUGCUGCCCUUGCUCCCGUUCGCCGUAAUGUAAUGUCCGAU